AUGACUGUAGAUCAGUACGAGGCGGAAUUCGCUAGAUUAUCUAAGUUUGUGCCGAGGAUGGUGGAACAUCCCGUGGACAAGGCGCGAAGGUUCUGGGAAGGAUUGAAGGCUGACAUUCGCACCCAGUUAAUAUCAGCGAAUUUGAGGACCUAUGAAGACAUUUAUGAUAGAGCUCAGGCUCUGGAGCGGGACCAGGUAGACAGGGCAGCCGCAUCUGGAUCGCGGUUUGCUCAGAAUAGAGAUAACCGCCGCUUUGGAAAGAAGCAGAUGACAGGGAAUCGACGCUUUGUGCCGCCAAUCAAAAGGAACAUUGGGAAGUCUAACCAGCAACCGAACCGAUUUGGGGCUUGCUUUAAGUGCGGGAGUUUAGAGCAUCAGAUUCGGAACUGUCCCUAG